GUGCCGCGAGCGCUCAUGUGGGCCCCCUCCUUCAAGCUUCCAACUGCAACUUCCCCGGCGAGGCGGAGGCGCCGCCGCCGCGGCGGCGGCGGCGGCGCAGCGUGAGACUAAGGAAAGCCGAUAGAUCGGCGGAGUAUCGUACGUGUCAGCGACGGCCUGCCUUCGAAGGCCGUGUGAUCAUGUUACUGAAUGUCGAUCGCCUAAUCUUGUUUUCGACUGUUGAUUAGCCAAGAGGGAGGGGAUUAUAGGCUUUCUUCUGUGGUGUAAGCUUUUCAUCACUGAUUCAUCAUGAAUUCCCCCUCAUUUGAAAAUCAACAGGCAAUGAAUUUGAUAAAGCAUGCAGCUUUUGCUGCAAGUUUUCAAGGGGAAACGGAUUGUACCUCACAUGCAUCAGCUAGGAAGUUCAGCACCUCAGGAUCUUCCCCUCUGCUAGACUCAACCGAAGGAAAUGGGUUUAAGGGACACUCCAUGCUGGCACCAUUCACUGCCGGAUGGCACUCCACAGACCUGGAGCCCUUGAUUAUUGAAAGAUCAGAGGGUUCUUAUGUCUAUGAUAGCAAGGGGAACAAGUACUUGGAUACACUAGCAGGAUUGUGGUGUACAGCCUUAGGUGGCAGUGAGCCUCGGUUAGUGAAAGCAGCAACCGACCAAUUAAACAAGUUGCCGUUCUACCACUCCUUUUGGAACAGUACAGCCAAGCCACCAUUGGAUCUUGCUGAGGAACUUAUCAGCAUGUUCACUGCCAAGGAAAUGGGAAAAGUGUUCUUUACAAACAGCGGUUCUGAAGCAAAUGACUCUCAGGUCAAACUAGUAUGGUACUAUAACAAUGCAUUGGGGAGACCAAACAAGAAAAAGAUCAUUGCACAAUCACAAGCAUAUCACGGAUCAACAUUAAUAUCAGCUAGUCUGUCUGGCCUCCCUGCGAUGCAUCUGAAGUUUGAUCUACCAGCACCUUUUGUUCUGCACACAGACUGCCCUCACUACUGGCGCUUCGGUCUUCCUGGUGAGGCAGAAGAAGAAUUUGCAACCAGACUUGCCGAUAAUUUAGAGAAUCUUAUCCUCAAAGAAGGGCCAGAAACAGUUGCUGCUUUCAUUGCUGAACCUGUAAUUGGUGCUGGAGGUGUCAUCCCUCCUCCAAAGACAUAUUUUGAGAAGAUUCAAGCAGUACUUCAGAAGUACGAUGUCCUUUUCAUAGCAGAUGAGGUAAUUACUGGAUUUGGACGGCUGGGAACCAUGUUUGGAUCUGAUCUGUACAACAUCAAGCCAGAUCUCGUCUCCUUAGCAAAGGCACUCUCAUCUGCGUAUGUCCCAAUUGGAGCGACUCUUGUCAGCCCAGAAAUAUCCGAUGUAGUUCAUUCUCAGAGCAAUAAGAUUGGCUUUUUUGCUCAUGGCUUUACAUACUCUGGCCAUCCAGUUUCUUGUGCUGUCGCCCUAGAAGCUCUGAAAAUUUAUCGGGAAAGGAACAUCCCUGCUCAUGUCAAGCAAAUUUCUCCAAGGUUCCAGGAGGGAAUCAAGGCCUUCGCGGGAAGUUCAAUUAUAGGAGAGACACGUGGUGUAGGUUUGCUGCUCGCGACUGAAUUUGCUAAUAACAAAUCACCAAAUGAUCCAUUUCCUGUUGAGUGGGGAGUUGCGCAAAUCUUUGGAGCAGAGUGUAAGAAGCGUGGUAUGCUAGUUAAGGUUGUUGGAGAUGAGAUCGCCAUGUCGCCACCACUAAUAAUGAGCCAAAGAGAAGUUGAUGGACUGGUGAGCAUAUACGGUGAAGCUUUGAAGGCCACCGAGGAAAGAGUGGCAGAGCUGAGGUCCAAGAAAAAAUAGUUAAGAGACAUUUGUUGUAAAAAUAAUGAUAAUAUUACCAACAAUUUUUGUAAGCUGGUGCACACAAUAAUUUUGUGUUGUUUUUUAUUCUAAUAAUUCGCUGAAAUGUUACUUCUUGCAAAUAAAAUGUGAUAUUUUAUUUUUCCA